AUGCUCUCGAACGGCUACGUCUGCAUCUCCGGCCUUCUCAUUCCCCCAGGUACUACGCAAGGCUCGAACUCUGUGCAAAUCAACAAUUCAGCUCCAUCCGAAACGAUAAUUUCGUUGGCCAACGAGAGAUCCAAACCACCGUUGUGCACCUCAGAUCUUCAUGAAGGCGUACCCGGUAGUUUAUCCAAAUCGACUCUGAUAGAGAUGCCGACAGCAUCACCAACCUGUGAGCCGCUCAACGACACUUAUGGGAUCAAAUCUUGCAUCGUAGGCGGUAGAAAGGCCUCGGUGUACGAUGCUGGCAUCGGAUCAAACUUCAGGUGUCAUGGGGUUUUGUAUCCUGAAAAUGGAAAGUUUGUGGCGCUCUACACGCCAUACGAUACGACUCUCGCCGCUGAGAACAGAUCCCAGCCAGCACCAGUGAACUGCGGACGAAUGAUGAAUCCCACCAAUCAAUUCAGUGGAAAGAGUGCAACUGGAAUAGUGAUAGACCGUUGUGCAAGUUGCAUUGGUAAAGGAGGCCAGCUCGAUGACCCGACAACAAAUCAAACUUUGGUUAACGGCGCGACUGUAGACCUGAGUCGUCCGCUCUGGAACGAGCUUUUUGACGAUGCUCCAGAUAAUGUUUACGAUGUGUGGUACGAGGGGAAGGUAUUGCAGGGCAUACCAUGA